CAUAGAUUUGCGCCUACCUUUAUACAGUUAGAUACAAAAUUAUCUAUUUUUGAAACCGGAAUUAAAGUAGUAGAUCUUUUAGCCCCUUAUCGCCGUGGAGGAAAAAUCGGACUAUUCGGGGGAGCUGGCGUGGGUAAAACAGUACUCAUUAUGGAAUUGAUUAACAAUAUUGCCAAAGCUCACGGAGGCGUAUCUGUAUUUGGCGGAGUCGGUGAACGGACUCGUGAAGGAAAUGAUCUUUACAUGGAAAUGAAAGAAUCUGGAGUAAUUAAUGAAAAAAAUAUUCCAGAAUCAAAAGUAGCUCUAGUUUACGGUCAGAUGAAUGAACCGCUGGGAGCUCGUAUGAGAGUUGGUUUGACUGCCCUAACUAUAGCGGAAUAUUUCCGAGAUGUUAAUGAACAAGAUGUACUUUUAUUUAUUGACAAUAUCUUCCGUUUUGUCCAAGCAGGAUCUGAAGUAUCCGCCUUGUUGGGUAGAAUGUCUUCCGCUGUGGGUUAUCAACCUACCCUUAGUACCGAAAUGGGUUCUUUACAAGAAAGAAUUACUUCUACCAAAGAAGGGUCCAUAACUUCUAUUCUAGUUGUUUAUGUACCUGCAGAUGAUUUGACCGACCCUGCUCCUGCUACGACAUUUGCACAUUUAGAUGCUACUACCGUACUAUCAAGGGGAUUAGCAGCCAAAGGUAUCUAUCCAGCAGUAGAUCCUUUAGAUUCAACGUCAACUAUGCUACAACCCCGGAUCGUUGGUGAAGAACAUUAUGACACUGCACAAGAGGUUAAGCAAACUUUACAUCGUUACAAAGAACUUCAAGAUAUUAUAGCUAUUCUUGGAUUGGACGAAUUAUCCGAAGAGGAUCGUUUAACCGUAGCAAGAGCGCGAAAAAUUGAGCAUUUCUUAUCACAACCUUUUUUUGUAGCAGAAGUAUUUACGGGUUCUCCGGGAAAAUAUGUUGGUUUAGCAGAAACAAUUAGAGGCUUUCAAUUAAUCCUUUCCGGAGAAUUAGAUGGUCUUCCUGAACAGGCUUUUUAUUUGGUAGGUAACAUCGAUGAAGCUACGGCGAAGGCUAUGAACUUAGAAAUGGAGAGCAAUUUGAAGAAAUGACCUUAAAUCUUUGUGUACUGACCCCUAAUCGAAUAGUUUGGGAUUCAGAAGUGAAAGAAAUCAUUUUAUCUACUAAUAGUGGACAAAUUGGCGUAUUACCAAAUCACGCUCCUAUUGCCACAUCAGUAGAUAUAGGUAUUUUGAGAAUACGCCUUAACGACCAAUGGCUAACGAUGGCUCUGAUGGGCGGUUUUGCUAGAAUAGGUAAUAAUGAGAUCACUGUUUUAGUAAAUGAUGCAGAGAAAAGUGGUGACAUUGAUCCACAAGAAGCUCAGUAAACUCUUGAAAUAGCGGAAGCUGCUUUGAGAAAAGCUGAAGGAAAGAGACAAACAAUUAAGGCAAAUCUAGCUCUCCGACGGGCUAGGACACGGGUAGAGGCUAUCAAUGCGAUUUCAUAACCAGUAGGUGCGUCCGAAUAAUCAUCGAUUUAUACACUUAUACACCCUUUGGGUGUUUUGUUUGACUUGAUUCUGUCGAGUAAAUACAAUCAAGCAAAAUCAGAUUUUGAUGCAACGAAAAAGAAAUAGAAAAGAUAAAAAAUCAAUAUCACUAAAAGAAAAUGGGUAUAAAAACUUAUUAGAUACCAUGGACCGCGGUAUCUAAUAAGUUCUACCUACUAUUGGAUUUGAACCAAUGACUCCCGCCGUAUGAAAGCAAUACUCUAACCGCUGAGUUAAGUAGGUCAUUUAUCUUCACAAAGAAAACCAAAAGGGACUCAUCCCAUCGAUGGAUUAUAAAUAUCAUAUUACUUAGAAGCAAUACCGAUCAAUAUGAUCUUGGAUCAUGGAAUAGUCAUCUUGAGAAUAUUCAUCUUGACAAAAAAUUAUCGACAUAAUAAAAUAUAUAUUACAAGCACUAAGGGCUAUAGCUCAGUUGGUAGAGCACCUCGUUUACACGCGCGCCGAUGUUUUUCAGGGGAGUCCAUCAUGGAAUCAAAAAAAUUGAUCUUAUAGACAAAUCGAUGUCUUACUCCAUUCCAUAACUUUGAGGGAAGAAGAGAACAAUAGCCUGACAAGGGUUCGGUCCGUUUAGGUGCCCAGUUAGGUGCCAAACAGACCCCAUCAUUGAUUUGAUAUAUUGAUAAGGUGAAUACCCAGUCUAUUCAAUGCUAGGCUGAGCAUAAGGGCCUCAAAAAAAUCUCUUUUCGUCCUAUGAACUUUAAGGUGUACGAAGUUUCAUAUUUGAUUUUUAAAUAGAGCGAUAGAGACUUCAUUUCACUUAGGUUAAUCUAGGCCAGAGGCAGACCUACGUCAAGAUAACCCCCCUUGAAAAACUUUGGUAGUGUUCCUGAAUCUGAAUCCACAUAAUGACUCAGAGCACAUGGAGCCAUCUCCUUAUUUUUCGGUAAAAAAUAAAAA